UGGCUGAGUCCCCCAAGAACACUGGACCCAAAUCCAGACCCAUAUUGGUGGGGGUAAAGCAACACUCAAAGAUCACGGUGACGUAGUUGCGGCAAGAACGCUGCCACGACGUGGUUUUUUUUUUUAUUUGUUUUUAUUUUUGUAUUUACCAUAACCAACGGAUAAAAUUUUCGUGUUUAACCCUUAAUAAACAUUUUUUUUUCAUCAUAUAAACUAUUAAAGAUUAACAACAAAAUUAGUCAUCAUAAAUACAUUGCUGAAUGUUGUUUUUUUUUUUUUGGGAUUUGAAAAAGACAUUGUCAUUUGGAAAACAGUCAGUGUGUGUGUGUGUGCAAGCAAAGGGCAAAUUUGUAUGAGAGUGGGAGGAAAAAAAAAAGUGGGAGACUGUAAUUGGAAUAAAAAAAAAAGGGAGGUGGUGGUGGUUGAUUGAAGAUGAAAAAAGAGGGAGGAGAUAUGUUAAAAUUAUAACCACCGGAAAUUCAUGUUAUAAGAUUUAAAAAAAAAAAUUUUAAGUGUCUGACAUUGCAUGGAAUUUUCUACUUAAAUUAAUAUUAUUAUUAUUAUUUGGAUGUAAAUUGGAAAUACUAAUGAAACUGAUGCUAUUCAUUUAAAAGUUUAUUGCACAUAAACAGCAAACAUUUUCUCAAUAACAAAUUUUCUCGUUAAAUUUUUUAAUGGCAAAUAAAUUAGGUGAUUAUUGAAAAAUUAUAUUAAAUUUAAAAUUAUGUUGUAAUUAUGUUGUGAGACGCCUAUCAGUGCAACCGAUCAUCGUGAAAGCCAGUUAAAUUAUAUUUAAAAAAAAAAAAUUAAAACUUGUUCGUUCAAGUGUAUAUAUUUUUUAUGUGCCAGAGUUCUAGAAGAAUCAAUUUUUAUAAAAUAUUCUUCAGUUGAAAUUUUGAUACAGCACGUGAAACAAUUAUUAAUUUUUUGUGACAAUUUGACGUGAAAAAAUUGAUGAAUAAAUAAACAAAACGUGAUUUAUAUUUAUGACAAUAAUUUACAAUAGACAAAAAAAAAAAAUUACAAAUAAUUUUUAAAUUUAUUAAUGAGAAUUGAAAAAGGGAAUGGAGAUGCGACCACUUCUUGUGGCAAUUUGCCUACUUUUUGUCACUCCAAUCACUGGCUCAUUCUGGACUGUUGGUAGCCAGGUGGUGAUGGAUCCUAUGGUUGUUUGUAAAAAAACUCGUAGAUUACGAGGUAAAUUGGCUGAUAUUUGUCGAAAAGAACCGUCAUUGUUAAAAGAAAUAUCAAAAGGUGUUCAAGUUGGUACGAGAGAAUGUCAACAUCAAUUUCGUAAUCGUAGAUGGAAUUGCACAACUGUCAAACGUUCAUUAAGAAAAAUUUUACUUCGAGAUACAAGAGAAACUGGCUACGUUAAUGCAAUCACAGCAGCUGGUGUAACUUAUGCUGUUACUCGGGCAUGUACAAUGGGUGAUCUUGUUGAAUGUUCAUGUGACAAAAGAACAUCUUCUGGCUAUAAAUUAAAUAAAAAAAAAAAUAAAAAUAUUGAAAAAAUGACUGAGGGUGAAUGGGAAUGGGGAGGAUGUGGUGAUAAUAUUAAUUUUGGAUUUAAAAAAUCACGUGAUUUUAUGGAUGCACCAUUUAAAAAAAGAAGUGAUAUAAGAACACUUGUAAAACUUCAUAAUAAUGAUGCUGGUCGUUUGGCUGUACGAAAUUUCAUGCGUACCGAAUGUAAAUGUCAUGGUUUAUCUGGUUCAUGUACAGUUCGUACAUGUUGGCGUAAAAUGCCAUCAUUUCGUGAAAUUGGUAAUCAUUUAAAAGAAUCAUUUGAUGGUGCUGCUAAAGUUAUACCAAGUAAUGAUGGACAUAAUUUUAUAACUGAAGGAACAACAAUAAAACCACCAAGUCGUUUUGAUUUAAUUUACAGUGAAGAAUCACAAGAUUUUUGUAUAUCAAAUUAUGAAACUGGAUCACUUGGUACACAAGGAAGACAAUGUAAUUCGACAAGUCAAGGUGUUGAAGGAUGUGAAUUACUUUGUUGUGGUCGUGGUUAUGAUACAAAAAUUAUUAAAGAAAAAGUUAAUUGUCAAUGUCGUUUUAAAUGGUGCUGUGAAGUAACAUGUAAAAGUUGUCUCGAAAAAAAAACAAUCAACACUUGUCGUUGAAUAUUACAUCUUUUUUUUUUAUCAUAAUUCAAUAAUAUUAUAAAUUAAUUAUCAUAAUUUUCUUUGUUUUUGCAGAUACAUUUCAUUUAAAUUUUUUCUGCAUUAGUUGUGAUU